AUGCCAGCCCACGCUGCUAACAAGUCGAAGGGCAAAGCAACCACCCGGCGCCGCUCCUAUGACACCAGCCAAGGCGCCUCGCCCGCCCCCAAGCGGGCCCGUACUGCCAACUGGAGCAAGGAUCUUGGCACAGAUGGGAACUCUGCCGAGUACCAUCUUGUGCAGUGGCUCAUCAUGCGCAGUGGGGCUUCCAUGAGAAACCCCACCAUCUUAUACCAGCAGUGGCAGGAUCACCCAGAGGACUCGGGGCGCAUACAAAGUAUCAAAGUCCUUCAAAGAUACGUUAAGGGAGGACUGUCUCACUCGCCCCCUACAUCCCCAAACGCUGCCACCUCUCGAAGUCACCCAGAUCAUUCACCUGAACGAAUCCCUCCUCUCACCACGCUGGAAGAUACUUUCAAAAAUGCUGUGUGGACGCCGACGCUCGUCAGCUCGUUCUCCUGCCCUUUUGUAAGACAUACUCCGCCUCCAGCUUCGGAUGCCCAGGAGUCUGCCGUGGACAUUUACUCUGGCGUCUCGAGUGAUGGGAAGACACUGAUAACUGACUGGAUUGAUUUCAUGGAGUGCAAACGCGUGAUCCCGGAUAGCUCCGCCCAGCGACAAAAGUCUCAAAAGACCCUUUGGAAGAGCGCGGAGGAGAGGUUCAGAUCCAAUCACGCCGGCGUCUUGGGGGAGUAA